GCAAGUGAUUAAUGAUUAGAGGAACGAGUUCCAGUGCUGCCAGUUUUUUAAACAAAGUGGCAACGCCGCCCCAGUUGUCUGCACGUUUUUAAAAGCCGGCUGUCGGAACCCAAAACAAAACGAGGAUCCUCGAAAAACCAGGAUGUUUUUGAACAGCAAUUUUUACGAACCAGGAAAAACUAGGGCAGAGAAGCAGUACGUCCACGCAGCGUCGAAGCAAAACCAGCGAUACGACAAAAGGCGCUGCAACGAGUGGCGCGAUGUGGAGUUAACUUACGGUGGAAAUUGGGGCGUCGUGGCUGUUACCCUCAUGGACACCAAGGUGCUGGCCCAGGUUAGCUGCGACAUAGGACCACCAUCUGCGGCCAGGCCCAACGAGGGCAAGCUCCAGUUAAACGUGAGCAUUGGCGGCGUGGCCUUUCUGGACGAAGCGCAGUCCACAUAUGAACAGCGAAACCUUACAUUGAACUCCCAGCUGGAACGGAUAUUCUGCAUUUCCCGAUGCCUCGAUUUGGAGUCCUUAUGCGUCGCUGCCGAGAAGCAUGUGUGGUGGAUCCGCGUAGACAUCAAUGUGCUGAACCACGACGGGAGUCUACAUGAUGCAUGUUCUAUAGCCACAUUAGCUGCCUUGAUGCACUUUCGCCGACCGGAUGUCACAUAUACGGAUGAUGAGCUGCGCAUUUAUACAGAAAAAGAGCGUGAACUGAUUCCCCUGUUGUUCCUCCAUUACCCCGUGAGCGUUACAUAUUCCAUCUGCAAAAGCAGUCCACAGCCAUUGGUGGAUCCGACCCUUAUGGAGGAGAAUGCCGCUGACUCGGUGAUUGUGCUCAGUUUCAAUUCGUACCAGGAGCUAUGCACUUUAAAUUUGGGCGGCUGUGCACCAACCAAUGUCAUGACUAUCAUGCAAUGUGCCCGCAAUGCAGCGACUCGCUGCAAAGCCAUGGUGGAAUUCAUAAGAAAGACUUUGGGGUUAGACGAGGAGCGUCGUUUGCAGAGCAAUGUACCGAAACCGGCACUGUUGGCUCUUCUGGGAGAGAAUAAACAGAAAUUUAGCUUCAAGCAACUAAUGGAGGGCUAUCAAAAGCCAGAGACUCCGCGUCCCCGGGAUUCCCCAAUGGAGGUAGAUGAUGCUGAAGUAUGUGAAAAGCCGAAUGUGCAGGAAGUUUCAGUCAAGAAGGAGCAGCCCAAAAAAGAGGAGUCAGGCUGGAAAACGUUUAGUAAGAAGGAGCAGCACGCCGCCCUAAUGGAAACCGGCAAUUGGCUACCAGAGGAGCCUAUGAACGACCACGAACUGCCAACGACCUCGAAGGCAGCCACGGUGAAAGCGGCCAAGGCAAAAAAUCUGACCAAAAACAAGGCCAUCAAAAGGCCGCAGCAGUUCGAAAGGAAACAACAUUACAGCAUUUCAGAUUCCAGCGAUUCGGAGGAGGAGACCACGCAAGUCAUCUAGACACAUACAUUAUGAUGAUAGUACCGUAGAUAAGUGAAAAUGUUUUCUGUUUAAUUUUAUUUAGACUUAAAAGUACGGCUAAAAUCAGUCUAGGCUUUAACAGAAAUCGAUUCAAAAGUAGUUCCAACUAAUUGUAUGGAACUACCAGUAAACUAAGAGCUCUAAGUAUAUGUAUAUGUAUAUAUAUAUAUAUAUAUAUUCCCCCUGCAAGGGAGAAAGAUA